AUGUCUGUUUGCCGUCCUGUGGACCUGGCGCUAACAUUCUUUCUUCAUACUCUUCCAGUCGUCCUAAUCGGAGACUCAGGCGUCGGCAAGUCCAACCUGCUGAGCCGUUUCACUCGCAACGAGUUCAACCUGGACUCCAAGUCCACGAUCGGCGUCGAGUUUGCCACCCGGUCCAUUCAGGUUGAUUCCAAGACAAUCAAGGCGCAAAUCUGGGAUACCGCUGGCCAGGAGAGGUACCGUGCCAUCACCUCUGCCUACUACCGCGGCGCUGUUGGUGCGCUGCUUGUCUACGAUAUCAGCAAGCACCAGACCUACGAGAACGUUACACGGUGGCUGAAAGAGCUGCGAGAUCAUGCCGACGCAAACAUUGUUAUCAUGUUGGUGGGAAACAAGAGCGAUUUGCGGCACCUGCGUGCUGUUCCCACAGAGGAAGCAAAGGCUUUCGCAAGCGAAAAUCACCUCUCGUUUAUUGAGACCUCGGCCCUUGACGCCAGCAAUGUUGAGCUCGCGUUCCAGAACAUCCUGACGGAGAUCUACCGCAUUGUUUCCAGCAAGGCUCUCGACAGCGGCGAUGGUGCCCAGGCCACGAUCGGCGCCGGCACCAACAUUUCACUCAGCAAGCCUGCUGAGGACGCCUCAGGAAAGGGCGGCAAGUGCUGCUAA